GCGCCCGCCGCGACGUUGCGGGGUCUGCGGUGGAAAGUGGAGGCCGCAGUGCAUUUCUCUGCCCUUGACAGCCCUUCGCGUCUCCAUGGCUGCCCUGGCGGCUCUGCGCGGCGGCGUCCGCCGGCCUCUGCUUCGCGGGCUGCUGCAGGAAGUAAGAUGUCUGGAGCGAAGUUAUGCAUCCAAACCCACUUUGAAUGAAGUGGUUAUAGUAAGCGCUAUACGAACUCCCAUUGGAUCCUUCCUGGGCAGCCUGGCCUCUCAGCCAGCCACCAAGCUUGGUUCUAUUGCAAUUCAGGGAGCAAUUGAAAAGGCAGGGAUCCCAAAGGAAGAAGUGAAGGAAGUCUACAUGGGCAAUGUCAUCCAAGGCGGUGAAGGGCAGGCCCCCACAAGGCAGGCAGCACUGGGUGCAGGUUUAGCGAUUUCUACCCCGUGUACCACGGUAAACAAGGUUUGUGCUUCAGGAAUGAAAGCCAUCAUGAUGGCCUCUCAGAAUCUCAUGUGUGGGCAUCAGGAUGUGAUGGUGGCAGGUGGGAUGGAGAGCAUGUCAAAUGUCCCAUAUGUAAUGAGCAGAGGCGCAACCCCGUAUGGUGGGGUCAAACUUGAAGACCUGAUUGUAAAAGAUGGGCUAACCGAUGUCUACAAUAAGAUUCAUAUGGGAAACUGUGCUGAGAAUACUGCAAAGAAACUGAAUAUUGCACGAGGCGAACAGGAUACUUAUGCUAUCAGCUCUUACACCAGAAGUAAAGAAGCAUGGGAUGCAGGGAAGUUUGCAAAUGAAAUUACCCCUGUCACGGUCUCAAUAAAAGGUAAGCCAGAUGUGGUGGUGAAGGAAGACGAAGAGUACAAGCGUGUUGAUUUUAGUAAAGUGCCAAAGCUGAAGACUGUGUUCCAGAAAGAGAAUGGCACAGUAACAGCUGCCAACGCCAGCACACUGAAUGACGGAGCAGCUGCUGUGGUUCUCAUGACUGCAGAUGCAGCCCAGAGGCUCAAUGUUAAGCCACUAGCACGAAUUGCAGCAUUUGCUGAUGCUGCUGUAGACCCUAUUGAUUUUCCAGUUGCACCUGCAUAUGCUGUACCCAAGGUUCUUAAAUAUGCAGGAUUGAAAAAGGAAGACAUUGCCAUGUGGGAAGUAAAUGAAGCGUUCAGUGUGGUUGUACUGGCCAAUAUUAAAAUGCUGGAGAUUGAUCCCCAAAAAGUGAAUAUCCAUGGGGGAGCUGUUUCUCUGGGCCAUCCAAUCGGGAUGUCUGGAGCCCGGAUUGUUGUUCACUUGGCUCAUGCCUUGAAGCAAGGAGAAUUUGGUCUGGCCAGUAUUUGCAAUGGAGGAGGAGGUGCUUCUGCUGUGCUGAUUGAGAAGCUGUAGACAGCCUGUUUUAGGAGACAGUUCAUGUGAUCAGAAACCCUGCUGACGUGAAUGUGACUCCCUUGGGCCAGCUUAUGUUCAACAUAAGCUACUUUGUUUUUUAUUAUUUUUUAUUAAAAUUAAAAAAAAUAAUAAUCAUAUCCAAAACCUUUUGAAAGUACAAAUAAAAAUUUUUCCUUUAAUUUUUUUGGUAAACUUGAACAGUCUGACACUAUACUUGAAAUACAUACCAAUGUAGGUGCUAGAGAUAUGGUUCUGCAGUUAAGAGCAUCUGUUGCUAGCCAGGGGACUGUAGCACAGCCUUUAAUUUAAAGCACUCAGGAGACAGAGGCAGGCAGAUCUUUGUUGAGUUCCAGGCCAACCUGGUCUAUAGAGCUAGUCUCAUGACAGCCAGGGCUACAUAGAGAGACCCAGUCUUGAAAAAACAAAACAAAACAAAAAGAACAUCUGUUGUUCUUGUGGAAGAUGUUUGAUUCCCAGGACCCACAUUUGGUGUCGCACAACCAGGGAGGACUUGCACACAAUGUUGCAGAUGCCAGAGAAAUGAGGUAUUAUUCUUCCUUUUCUCACUAGCUGCUGGUAUAAGUAGAGGGAAGCCAUCCUAGGAGACACUUUGUAAUGGGUUCUCUCCUGAUUAGAGCAGAGUAGAAGAUCCAGCAGUUUCACAUCUAAAUACACCAAAGAAAUAAGAAAGUCACAGGUGGGUUCCUUCAGGAAGGCCACUGAUCACCAUUACAGUAGCAGUGACAAGGCUCCUUGACUUUCUCAAGCCCCCAAAUCACCUGUUUAGCACCCAGCAGACUUCCCAUUCUGCCAUUAGAAUGAACAGAAUAAGACUGUGGCUGUUUGUUUUCUGUUUGUUUUUCAACUUUACUCUUUGAGCAGUCAAAAUUGGUUUCAAAUAAAGUUAUGCAGUACAAAUGAAAAUAAGAUGGUCAAAUCUUCCAAGUAAGCAUGAACAUUCAUGUCCACUAAGCCAGCACUGAAGAUCCUCAAAGGAAACCCACAGAGCAGGAAGAAACAGUCACAAACAUGAGAACACAAGAAAGGAUAAAUUCCAUGAGAGGAACUGAGACCAGGAGAGAAUAAAAUAGACCAUGCCCAACUCAGUAAACAAGCAGAGCUCUAGAACGAAAAAGGAAGAACUAAUAAAACCAACAAAACUAUCAAAUGGGCAAAUUCUCAGCCCAAAUUUUUAAUGACUUGAACAUCUCAAUUAAAAACACAAUCCAAGGCCUGGAGAGAUGGCUCAGAGGUUAAGAGCACUGUCUGCUCUUCCAGAGGUCCUGAGUUCAAUUCCCAGCAACCACAUGGUGCCUCACAACCAUCUAUAAUGAGACCUGAUGCCCUCUUCUGGCAUAUGGCAAAACUUGCAGAAAAUCUUUAAAACAAACAAACAAACAAAACCAUGAUCCAAGUGUUGUCUACAAGAGAAACACCUCGCUGACAAAUCUCAGAGACUAAAAGUGGCAGAAUGGGAAACAAUAUGCUCUUCAAUAGAAGAUAAAAGCAAGCAGGUGUAGCUUUCUUCAUGAAUGACAGAUGCUAGAUUUCAAGAUAGCUUCUCAGAAAAGCACCAAAGAAAGUCACUAUAAAUGAAGGGCACAUCAAGAAGACAGAACAGGGUGUGGAAAGUAGCUCCUUCAGUUGUGUUUGCUUAACAUACCCAAAGCCCUGGGUUCUAUCCCAGCACUACAUAAAUAGAGAGGCAGGGAGGGGGUGUAGAAGAAGAAAAGAAGAAAUAAUUGAAAGUAUAUACAGAUGAAUGUUGAUGUACUCAACUUCCUAAUACUGAACAAAAAUGAACAGUAACAUUAUCCACUAAUUGAACCUAUUGCCACUCAUCAAUAGAUAACAUCCAAGGGUGCAGGGAUUCAAGAAUGAAACUUCAGAAUAUAGAACCCAGAAAUAAACUCACACAGCUAUGGCUGACUCUCAGCAACUGUUGGAGAAGAAAAGCCUCCUCAACAAAUGAUGGUGGGGAAACUGGAUGUCCCCACAAAGAAUGAAACUAAGUUUAAAAUGGAUCAAAGACAUUAAUUUACUACUUGAAACUUUGAAACCCACCACAGGGAAGAGAAAAUAGUUACCAAUACAGGCACAUGAAAGUACUGACUAAGACUCCAGCAGCCCAGGAAAGCCAAGCAAGAACUGAGAAGUGGGUCUGCACAAAAUUAGGUUAAGCACAAUAAAGUUAAUAGACUGCAAAGAUAGUCUACAGAAUGAAGAAAUGUUUGCUAUUCAUCUGAUGGAAUAUUCAUAUUCACGAUAUAUGAAAAACAAAAAAAUCAACACCAAAUGGGGGACCCAUACCAAAUAAUCCAAUCUGUUUGUGCAGAUGGACAGUUCUUAAGAAGUGGAAAUGGUCUGUAACCAUGAAAGUGUUCACUGCCCUUAGCCACCGGAGAAAUGCAAAUCAGAACUAAAUUGGGGGCUCAGGAAAUUCCUCAGGAAGUACCUGCCACACAAGCACAAGGCCAUGAUCCCAGAUUCUCAGCAUCCACAUAAAAGCUGAGGGUGGUGUAUGAGUCUGUAACCCUAGCACAAGGGUAGGGGGCUAAGAUGGGGAAACAGGUGAAUCCUUAGUUUGUUGGUUAUUGGUGGGCUCUUGGCUCAGUAAAGGAAUACUUUAAAAAAAGAUGAGAAUGUGUGGGGGAAGGGCCUAUGGAGCCAGGUGCUAGUUGGCCCCGAGGGAGAGUAUAGAGGGUGGAACUCAAGUUGUUUACAAAAAAUAUGAUUGGAGCUUCAGAUUAAGAAAGAUGAUGUCGGUACAUGAUUCCCUCAUAGACAACACUGUAAAUACUGUAGACUAGGCGUGUGAUUGGGUAACCUUUAAGCUGAUCAGUCCAAUGGGGCAUUUGCUCACCCUCUCCCCCAUCUUGUUUUCUUUAUGCUUUAAAAGCUUGUUAUUUUAAAAUAAAUGAGUCCUUGCCUGA